AUGUUAAAGAUUGUAAUGAAUGAUUAUAGAAAAAAACAUGAACAAAAAAUGAUUUCUAUAGUUGACGAACUUGUAAAAACACGUCGUGAAUUACAAGAAAUUAGAGAGAAACUUCAUCUACUACAGUCAGGUCAUAGUUCAUCUUCAAAAGCUAUAUUUAGUAUGCCAGUGCCUACCAUCAGUCUAUUUGUUCAAUAUAAUGGACUUUUUAAUGAAUUAUGCGAUAUUCUUCAAACAAUAACUAUCAAAGAACUAUUGAUUAAACUUCGUCAGCUGACUGGAAUUCCUUUUGAUCAUCCAAUAUAUAUUCGUGUACUUAGUGUUGAUGGUUUAAAAACAUUAUUUUUUCUUGAUAACAAUCUUGAUCGAACAUUAGCAUUUUAUAAUGACAAAUUAAAACCACGAAUGAUCUUAAGUAUCGAAGAUGAUAAUGAAAUGAACGAUAUACAAAAUCAACAUCAACGGACAUAUGAAUCUGAUGUAUGA